AGGCGUUAUGUGGGCCAGCUGUGCGGUGCCCAAAGACCCGUCGGCCUCAUAGUUGGUAGAUUGCUCCUCCUGGUGGACCGCAGUCAACGGCAGCGAGCGUUUAGCGCCUCUUAAUGGGUUUAGAGGUAGCCGCGGUUAUUACCGGAUUAAAGUGAGAACCAGUUGCCGCGGGACCGGAGCUGAAGCCUUCCGUUGCGGAAGUUUGGUGCAACUUUGCGACGUGAGAAGUCGACCGUUGGAAGCCCCGCAGACUUUUCCUGCCCGUUUGUCAUGGAAUAAGAAGGCGAAGCGGAGCCAGGCGCCGGGCCUGCGGAGAAGUAGCGUUAGCUAGCCGAGCUAGCUGAUGGGAAGCAGGUUACCCUUGUUUGGGUCGCUGUGCUAACUAGCUGGGUGCUAUUUUUGUUAGCAUAACAAUUAGCCAACCGGGGGUCGCCGGCUUGUUUUGAUGAUGAUACGUUGAAGGAACCGGUCCGGGUGCAUCAAAAAUCCACGUUUAUGGAACUUUCUCGAAGUUUUAAUUCAACCUUCCGCGCGGACAUUGUAUAAUAAGGAAGCUACCGAGCUAGGUCUUUGUUGUACAAAGUGGAGCUUUUGAUUUGAGCAGAGGGGUGAUCUGUGCGUCAAAGAAGCCAGUAUUUCUCUAUUCGUAUGUUGAUGAUCACACGUCUAUCCAGACCACUAAGCCUCUCUCGCCUCGUCGCUUUCGCUCCACGGCACCGCGUCCCACCGACCCCUGCCUCCUGUCUUCGGCCGGCUCCGGUAGCUGGCGCCCGAGUGCCCGAUGGAGGAUCAUGACAACAUGGACUAUUUUUACCAGCAGGUACUGCAGAAAGAUGUUAGCCGUAGGUUGCAGGUCGGCGAGGAUCUCAUCGACUAUCUCAAUGACCCGAGCCGCUCCCCGGACGUGGAGCAGGACAAAUCCCGGCUGGACAAGACGAUGGACGAGCUGACAGGAUGGGUCAACUCCAGCAACUUCAAGGUGGCGUUGUUGGGGAUAGACAUCUGUGCUGCGUUUGUGGAGCGCCUGGGAGAGCGAUUCAAAGGAUUCCUUGGCACGGUGUUGCCGGCCUUGGUGGACAGGCUGGGCGAUGGGAAGGACCAGGUCAGGGAGAACAGCCAAGCUGUCAUCCUUCGCUGUAUGGAGCAGACGGCCUCACCCAUGUAUGUUUGGGAAAGGCUGCUUCCUGGUUUUAAACACAAGAACUUCCGUAGCCGAGAAGGAAUCUGCCUCUGUCUCAGCGCCACGCUCAGCACGUACGGAGCCCAGUCGCUGAGCCUCAGCAAACUGGUUCCUCAUCUCUGCUCCCUGACUGGAGACCAGAACCCACAGGUACGUGAGGCCUCCAUAGCAACGCUGGUGGAUGUUUAUCGUCACGUUGGAGAGCGGGUUAGAGCAGACCUGGGGAAGAGAGGCCUGUCUGCUGCACGGUUACAGACGUUAUUCGCCCGCUUUGAUGAAGCCUUGAAUUCAGGCAACAUGGCUCUCAGCCCGAGUCACGAUCGUAGCUUCGAAGAUGACGACAGUGUGGACGGGAAUCGCUCUUUCUCGGCCCAGGCUGCCUUCAAGGUCCCAAAAGUUCCCAAGAAGCCGGCGGAGUCCUCUGCUGCGCGCAGGCCCAGCGCCACCGGCGGCAAGCUCGUGUCCAAGGAGAGCGCCGGGGGAGUUGACGAAGAGGACUUCAUCAAAGCCUUCACAGACGUUCCCCCUGUGCAGAUUUACUCUGCGAGGGACCUCGAAGACAACUUGAAUAAGAUCCGCGAAAUAUGCUCUGACGACAAGCACGACUGGGACCAGAGAGCCAGCGCUAUGAAGAAAGUCCGCUCGCUGCUCGUGGCGGGCGCGACCAGCUACGACUGCUUCUACCAGCAUCUGCGGCUGCUGGACGGGGCCUUCAAGCUGUCCGCCAAAGACCUGCGCUCCCAAGUGGUCCGAGAGGCCUGCAUCACCGUGGCCUUCCUUUCGUCGGUGCUCGGGAACAAAUUUGACCACGGAGCGGAAGCCAUCGUUCCCGUCCUGUUCAACCUGAUCCCUAACUGCGCCAAAGUCAUGGCCACCUCCGGGAUGCUGGCCAUUCGCAUCAUUAUACGGCAUACCCACGUCCCCAGACUCAUCCCCCUGAUCACCAGCAACUGCACGUGCAAGUCCGUGGCUGUUAGAAGGCGCUGUUAUGAUUUCCUGGACCUUUUGCUACAAGAAUGGCAAACCCACUCUCUGGAGAGGCACACGGCAGUUUUGGUUGAGAGCAUCAAGAAGGGAAUCCGAGAUGCGGACUCAGAGGCCAGAGUGGAGGCUCGCAAGGCCUAUUGGGGCCUGAGGAACCACUUCCCAGUGGAGGCAGACGCUCUCUACAACUCCUUGGAGCCAUCGUACCAGAAAACCCUUCAGUCCUGCCUGAAGAGCUCCGGCAGCGUGGCCUCUCUUCCCCAGAGUGACCGCUCCUCGUCCUCCUCUCAAGAGAGCCUCAAUCGGCCCCUGACUUCUAAAUGGUCAGCAGCUCCGGGGCGAGUCCCCGCGGGUUCAAAGGGCGUGACGUCGUCAGUCUCGCUGCAGCGAUCCCGUAGCGACGUGGACGUUAACGCGGCGGCAGUCGCUAAGCACCGGCAAGUCGGACAGACCAGGGCAACGGGGCGCCUGCCCCCCGGCUCCUGCUCCUCACUGGAUGAUGCCUCUGAUAAAACGGAUGGUCGUGUACGCACUAAGCAGCCCUUGUCCGCUGCCAGCACCAUGUCCAGCCAGGUGGACUCGCGAGGGCGGAGCCGCGCCAAGAUGGUGUCCCAGUCCCAACGUUCCGACGAGUCCGAUUGCACACCAGGAUCUCAGUCUGCUACCCCCGUCGGUGCUGGCAGUCGCAGUGGCUCCCCGGGUCGCGUUCUGACAAGCACGGCCCUGAGCACCCUGAGCUCGGGGGCCCACCGCGUGCUGGCCGGGUCCACUGGGGACAAAAACCGACGCAGCCGUAUCCCCCGCAGCCAGGGCUGCUCCAGGGACUCGUCACCCACCCGCCUGUCCGUUGCUCCUUCCAGCAUUAGUUCCAUCUACAACGGUGCAAGCAGAGGAGCCCGCGGCAGUCGUAUCCCUCGGCCCAGUAUGAGUCAGGGCUGCAGCAGAGAGGCCAGCAGGGAGAGCAGCCGCGACACGAGCCCUGUUCGCUCCUUCACGCCCCUCGCGACGCGGAGCUACUCUCGCUCCACCGGAGCUCUCCACACACCCGAUGUGUUUGGUGCAGCAGGGUCGGGUUUUGGCAUCAGCCAGUCGAGUCGUCUCUCGUCUUCAGUCAGUGCCAUGAGGGUCCUCAACCCGGGCUCCGACGUAGAAGAGGCUCUCGCAGAUGCUCUGCUGUUGGGAGAUAUCCGGUCCAAGAAGAAGCCCGCACGGCGGCGGUACGAAAACUACGGCAUGUACUCCGACGACGACGCCAACAGCGACGCGUCCAGCGCGUGUUCGGAGAGGUCGUACAGCUCCAGGAACGGAGGAGCCAUCCCCACCUACAUGAGGCAGACGGAGGACGUAGCUGAGGUGCUGAAUCGUUGUGCCAGUGCCAACUGGUCUGAGAGGAAGGAGGGGCUUCUGGGCCUGCAGGCGCUGCUGAAGAACCAACGCACCCUCAGUCGGGUGGAGUUGAAGAGGCUUUGUGAGAUCUUCACCAGGAUGUUCGCGGACCCUCACAGUAAGCGAGAUUCCGGCAGAGUGUACGGCACGGCAGAAUCCGGUAUAAGCUCAGCCUCCUUCAAGAGAGUUUUCAGUAUGUUCCUGGAGACACUGGUUGAUUUCAUCCUGGUCCAUAAGGAGGAUCUGCAGGACUGGUUGUUCGUCCUACUCACACAGCUGCUGAAGAAGAUGGGGGCUGACCUGCUGGGCUCUGUACAGGCCAAAGUUCAGAGAGCCCUGGAUGUCACCCGAGAAUCUUUCCCCAAUGACCUCCAGUUUACUAUUCUCAUGAGGUUUACUGUGGACCAGACACAGACGCCCAACCUCAAGGUGAAGGUGGCCAUUUUGAAGUACAUCGACACGCUGGCGUUACAGAUGGAAGCGCCAGACUUUGUGAAUUCCAGCGAGACUCGGCUCGCCAUCUCCCGCAUCAUCACCUGGACGACUGAACCCAAAAGUUCUGACGUCAGAAAGGCGGCCCAGUUGGUGUUAAUCUCACUGUUUCAGCUCAACACUCCCGAGUUCACCAUGCUGCUGGCAGCGCUGCCCAAAGCCUUCCAGGACGGAGCCACAAAGCUGCUUCAAAACCACCUGAAGAACACCGGCAACGUCGCACAGGCACCAAUGGGAAGCCCUCUGACUCGCCACACCCCGCGGUCUCCAGCGAGCUGGUCCAGCCCCGUCACAUCCCCCACCAACACUUCCCAAAACACCCCUUCGCCGAGUGCAUUCGACUACGACACAGAGAACAUGAACUCGGAGGACAUCUACAGCUCACUGAAGGGCGUCACGGAUGCCAUCCAGAACUUCAGUGUCCGUAGCCAAGAGGACAUGAACGAGCCGCUGCAACGGCGGGAGGGAGAGGAGGGCGACAGCGGGACAGACGGCAAAGUGUCCGACUUUGUGGACGGAGGCCGAAUGGCCCUGGACAACAAGACGUCGCUUCUCAACACCCCCUUGCUGUCCUCCAGCCCCCGAGGGGCCCGCGACCACUUCUCGGAUUCUCCCUUCAAGCACAGCCGCAUAGACACCAGAAUGGACGACUCUGAGCACCUCACAGAUGACAGCAGCCUGGACCAAUCAGAGCUGGUGGCCGAGCUGCUGAAAGAGCUGUCCAAUCACAACGAGCGCAUCGAGGAGAGGAAGGCGGCGCUGUGCGACUUGCUGAAGCUGAUUCGUGAGAACACUCUGCAGGUGUGGGACGAGCAUUUCAAGACCAUCCUGCUUCUCCUGAUGGAAACGAUGGGUGACAGAGAGCAUGUGAUCCGGACGCUGGCUCUGCGGGUGCUGAGGGAGAUUCUCUGCAAGCAGCCCUGGAGGUUCAAAAACUACGCAGAGCUCACCAUCAUGAAGGCCCUGGAGGCUCACAAAGACCCCCAUAAGGAGGUGAUUCGAGCAGCAGAGGAGACGGCGGCCAUGUUGGCAUUGUCCAUCAGUCCGGACCAGUGUGUCAAGGUGUUGUGUCCCAUCAUCCAGUCAGCCGACUACCCCAUCAACCUGGCUGCCAUCAAGAUGCAGACCAAAGUAGUGGAGAGGGUCCCCCGCGAGGGCCUGAUGAGCCUCUUGCCUGAGAUAGUGCCAGGACUCAUACAGGGCUACGACAACUCUGAGAGCAGUGUAAGGAAAGCCUGCGUGUUCUGCUUGGUGGCCAUUUAUGCAGUGAUCGGAGAGGACCUCAAACCGCACCUCAACCAACUCUCCAGCAGCAAGCUCAAGCUGUUGAAUCUGUACAUCAAGCGCGCCCAGUCUGGCUCGAGCGGCGCUGAACCUCCGCCUGAGGGCCUAUAGGAGACGCUGCACACUCCCGCGGAACUGCCACGCUGCGCGCCGAACACAAACAUUGGUUCAUGAACUCUCACCCACACAGACCAAGAACAAAACAGACACCCGAAAACUGCUUACAACCGCACGUGCACCGCACUCUGGCCAGCAGAAUGAAACACACACACAGAUACACGCAAUCCCAAACUACAGGAUGGGGGUUGUGGUGCAGAAAGAAAGAGUGUUGUAGUUCUUGCCACCAUCGCUGAACCCUGAAAUAUAAACCGAUAACACGCAUCCAGUCACACCCAGGUUCGUCACUAAUCACUCAAGAAUGAAGAUAUGAAAUGUCCGUCCUCUGUCCCGAACACUACAGUAUCCCCUCUGAAUAACAUCCUGAUGUGGACAGGAAGUGCGUCCGCAUGGUUUUCAUUUUGAACGGGGUCAGGUUCUUGGAAAGAAGCAGAGACAAACGAAUGGUGCCGUCUUGUGUCUUUCUGGAAAAGUGAGUAACUGGGGCCAGGUAGAGAGGAAUGUAAAUUUACAGUGUGUCAUAGUUUUGAUUUAUUUUACGUGAUGCGGUUUUACUGCAGCGGAAAUAAAUGUCUGGAGGUUUUUCCCCUCUCUCACAUACACACACACACAUAGACACACACUUUCUGUCUUUAAAAAAAGGUGCUGAUUAGCCGUUCAGAGCGGGUCCCGCCUGCUCAGGGUGAAGACAGCGUGGGGGUCCACAAAGCACAGGAGGUGUUUUGUGGUUUGCUAUGCAUGAGACUAACUUUAACAGAAAAAAUAAGCAGUUUUUAUUGGAGUUUGAUCGACAGUCAUGGUGUGACUGAGGUUUUAAAUCAAUGUGAACAAUGUCCGCCCCUUUCAGAUAAAUUCAUGGUGUCCUCCGUUCCUCCCGGCUCAUCUUGGGUCACUCCACUUUCGGGCAACACGGGGGAGGAAAAUGAGUGCGUGCUGCUCACUACAUGAAGUAUGACAGGACAUGACUUAUUACCACAUAGUGGAUAUGUAUCUAUAUAUGAUAUUAAAAUAAAAUAUCCAUUAACUGUCAUUUAGGAGAGUUCCCCAGGGUAGUGCGGACCGCACCCAUGCCCAUCUUUGUUUUUAUUUUCUCUCUGUUGCGCUAGCCGUUGUGUGUGUGUGUGUCUCUCACUUUAAUUUUUUUUCUCUGCUGAAAAAUUUGUAGAAAUGUAUUAUUUACAGCUCUGAAAACAAAUCGUCAUGUCACCCCUUUCUCUUCUAUUUGUCGUGUCUUUUGUUCCCUCCUCUUCUAGUUCUAGUAACAUUCUAGUUUUCACAGUUGUUUCCUCUGUGCAUUUACAAAGCUGUGCUUACAUUACAAUAAAGAACUUGUACAGGUCAUGAUGA